AACGUAUUACAAUGUGUUCCGUGACUGUUUCUAUCAAUUCCAUUCCGUGAAACAAAACAAGCCUUCCUCUAACCUCUCACUUCUUCUCUAGUAGUUUGUGUCGAAAAUGGGUAUCGACAUAAAUCACAAAUAUGACCGUAAGGUCAGAAGAACUGAACCUAAAAGUCAAGAUGUGUAUCUUCGAUUAUUGGUAAAGCUCUACCGUUAUUUGGCUCGUCGUACUGGUGCCAAAUUCAACAAGGUUAUAUUGAAAAGAUUGUUUAUGAGCAGGAUAUACAGGCCCCCAAUUUCCCUAUCUAAGGUUGUUAGAUUAAUGAAGAAGCCUGGCAGAGAGGGGCUCACAGCUGUUAUAGUUGGAACUGUAACGGACGACUCCAGAAUUUUUGAAAUUCCUAAAUUGUCCAUUUGUGCACUUCGUGUCACUGAAACUGCCCGAGCUAGAAUCCUCAAAGCAGGUGGCGAAGUUAUUACUUUCGAUCAGCUAGCCCUCAGAUCGCCUACUGGCAACAGGACUGUCUUGAUUCAAGGCAAGCGUAAUUCACGUGAGGCAGUGAAACACUUUGGUCCAGCUCCAGGUGUUCCUCACAGCCACACUAAACCUCUGGUGAGAUCAAAGGGACGUAAGUUCGAGAGAGCAAGAGGACGCAGGAAGUCGUGCGGAUACAAGAAGUAAUUUUAGUCUUAUAACUUGACUUCUCUGUAUUUCGUUUAUGUUCAAUAAAUUUUGAAU